AUGAGCAAUGCUACAGGUAUACAUCUUCCAUCGGCACAAGAAGUACAUACAACUUCUGGGGCAAAGUUUGUAUCCCGUUUGAGUAAUCUUAUCUGGUAUAUUGAUCCACAUCACAGCAAAUUUACUUCAAGAUCGUGUCAUCUACCAAAAUUUGUUGAUGAUUUGCCAGAAUACAAAGCAAAGUCAAGUUAUAAUCAAUACUAUAUCAAUUCACACCAUAAAAAAACAGAAAUUCAAGCACAAACUUUGCAACGCCAUGUUGAAGCUAUGGAAAAUUCAUUAGUUCAGCCAUGGGCAAGCGAUAAAAAAUGGGAACAAUUCAUUAGUGAAGUCAUUCAAUUAUGCGAAGUGUCAAGGAAAUUUAUAGAGUAUUUGGAUAAUGUGAAUAAAAGAAUGCGCAUCAUUCAUAAUAGCAGUGUACCCAUACGAAAUGGAAUUGAUCAUAUCAAAGUAUUAGAUAUUGACAAAACUUUGACAACAAAUGAAAAUUAUAAUGAGAUUAUUAAAUUAAUGCAUGAGAAGGAAGAAUUUGAGCCAACUUGCAUUGACGAUCUCAUUCUGCCAGAUAUUAUUGAAUUUUCUAAUAAAACUAAAGAAUCACAAGCUUUACUUAAAGUACAUGAAUUAUUGCCAAAAUAUAGUACCCAACAAAUAAGAAAAAAUGUAGUUAAUAAGUAUUCGUUAUAUACACGAUUAUCACCUGCCAUACUAUGUACAUUAUAUCAAGACCUCAUUGGAGAUGCGUCAAAUAGCCCAAAUUUAAUAUCCCAGGAAAUGCAAGAAUGUAUAAGAUUGAUGUAUGAAACUCAAGACCCAAAUAUUAUAUUUGAUUUACAAAAAAAUGGAGGAUUUAAAGGAACAAAAUUUGACGAAUUUUGGGAUGAAAUUGAUUAUUAUUUUAAUAAAAUUAUUCCAGCAGUACAUGAAAGACGGCACACUACAAUGAUGUUUAUGCCAGUUGCAAUAUCAAUUAGAGAAUUACACGAAAAUAUUAUAGAACGCUUACAAACUAAGCAUGAUGAAGAAACUUUUUCCAAGAUUUCAAUUCCAAUACAGAGUAGACUACUUCGUAAAUCUCAUCCUGAUUCUCAUUAUUGUGCUGCAUUGUUUCGUUAUACUCGGCUUUUUGCUAUUAAAUUUCGCAAAUUUGCUUGUUUUAUUUCAGCGGAUGACAAACAUAAAGUUCCAGUUGGAGAAAUAGUUGAAACAUCAACAGGAGUUCGCAAUAAAGCAACGCUGGCAUCCUUGGGUACAGAAUUGACAUCAUGUGAUCAUGAUUUUACCAAACUUUCAGUAACACUAUCAAUUUCAUUAUUUUGUGAAAUUCCUAAAGAUAUUAGUGGAAGUUUUUAUCAAGAACAAGUAUUUGUUUCUUAUAAAGAUUCAGUAUUUCAACCUAGUUCAGCACUUAGGCAUUCUAGUAAAUGGCUGAAAUGCUUACAUGAAAAGUACGUCACAUUGCCAGAAAUGCUAAUUAUUUAUACUGAUGGUGGUGCAGAUCACCGAACCACAUUUGGUUCUGUUCAACUAGCAAUGAUUUGUUUAUUUUUAAAAGGAAAUUUUGAUUUUCUAGCAGCAGUUUGA